AAGGAGAUUUCAAAUGGCAAGUUUAAGCUUCCAAAUAAUACAUGUCUUGGUCUUCUGUGCUUGCAUUCUCAUCCCAACCAGUAGUCAGAGCCAUCCCCACCAGCCCGAAAAGCAUGCUGCACUUUUCAUCUUUGGAGAUUCCAUUUUUGAUGCUGGAAACAAUAUUUACAUCAACACCACUACUGAUUAUCAGAGAAAUUUCUGGCCAUAUGGGGAAACCUUUUUCGACUACCCCACUGGGAGAGCUUCUGAUGGCCGCUUGAUACCUGAUUUUAUUGCUGAGUAUGCAAAACUCCCAUUCCUUCCACCAUAUCUACAGCCUGGUAAUAAUCAAUUUACUUAUGGGUCAAACUUUGCAUCUGGGGGAGCCGGUGCUUUGGAUCAGACUAAUCAAGGAUUGGUGGUAAACCUCAACACACAGCUAACCUAUUUCAAGGAUGUGGAGAAACUGUUAAGGCAGAAGCUAGGUGAUGAAGCUGCCAAGAAAAUGCUGUUUGAAGCUGUCUACUUGAUCAACAUCGGAUCCAACGACUACUUGAGUCCCUUCUUAUGGAACUCCACUGUGCUUCAGUCCUACUCUCACGAACAAUACGUUCAUAUGGUGAUCGGCAAUUUGACUGUAGUAAUCAAAGAAAUAUAUAAGAAAGGAGGAAGGAAGUUUGGGCUUCUUGAUGUGGGGCCAUUAGGCUGUGUGCCAAUUAUGAAAGAAAUCAAACUCCAACAGGGAGGCAUGGGGUGCAUAGAAGAAUCCACAGAGCUAGCAAAACUACACAACAUAGCUCUCUCCAAGGUCCUGCAGGAACUAGAGAGCAAGUUGAAAGGAUUCAAAUAUUCAAUUUCCAAUUUCUAUACUUUUCUUGAGGAAAGAAUGAACAACCCUUCAAAAUAUGGUUUCAAAGAAGGGAAGAUAGCAUGUUGUGGUUCGGGUCCCUUCAGAGGACUUUCCAGCUGUGGGGGGAAGAGUAGCAUAAAGGAGUAUGAGUUAUGCAGCAAUGUGAGCGAAUACGUGUUCUUUGAUUCAGUUCAUCCUACAGACAGGGCCUACCAGCAGAUAGCUGAGCUAAUUUGGAGUGGAACUCGCAACAUUACAGGACCCUACAAUUUGAAAGCACUAUUUGUUUGAUUGAGCUUAUAUGUUCAAAUGCCUAAUAAAUGAGUUCAACAUGUGCAUAAUAAAUGAGUUCAACAUGUGCAUAAUGAAUGAGCUCAACAUGUCAAGUGCUGUACUAUUCUAUUUUACGACUCAGAAAAUUACUUUUGCCAAUAAAAAUUGAAGUCUUAAUGUAAAGAGAACUUCACGGCUGAACAAAACCCUACCUAUGGUUUUCAAAGCCAUCAUCAGAUAUAAAGUUCAAGAGGAAUGGUCUUGGUAAA